GAUAAACCCGCACAAAAAGUAUUCAAACUACAAAGCGAGCUAUUCUGUCGAUCGUUACUUGUCGCUUUUGUUACACAACGCUAUUGGAUUGAAGAAGAUAUAGAGUAAAAAUGGCUCGUUUGACAGCCUUUUUUGGUUUGACGUUGCUUUUGAGUUGCGGUGCCAUUUUUUCCUCUGCCCUUUCCACAUUUUCCUUGGAAGACAAACUGCAAGAAUUGGAAUUGAGACUAGAAGCCAAAAUUGAGGCUAAAAAUGCUCAACUUGAAGAAAAGGUGACACAAUUGGAGGCGCAACUGGAACUAAAUAAUGAAAGAAGACAAGAAUUGGCAUUGAAAGUAAUUCAAUUAGAGGCCAAAAAUGUCCAACUGGAAGUCAGAAUUCAGGACCAAGAAAGAAUUUUAACUUCCCUGUUGGAAGCGGCUGAACUUCCGGUUUCCACUGAUUCAGUAAAUAAGGAAAUUUCAAUUCGAUUAACUGGAAAGAGCAGAACUCCAAGGACAUGCAAGGAACUUCAUGCGACUGAUCCUUCACUUCCGUCUGGAAUGCACUGGAUCGAUCCGGACGGGCAAGGCCUCGGCGAUGACCCAAUUUACGUUUAUUGCGACAUGACAUCAGGAUCGACAUCCAUUUUACACGACAGUGAAUCUUCAUUGGAUGUGGGUCACUGCGCAGACCACGGGUGUUAUUCACGAUUAAUCAAUUACAACGCGUCCAUCGGACAGAUGAAAGCUUUGGCUGAACUAUCAACUGAAUGUCAUCAAUCAGUUAAAUACGACUGCUACUUUGCUUCAUUCGAGUCAAAUGGCGUCACCUACAGUUGGUGGAACGACAGAGAAGGAAAUGCGCAAUAUUUUUGGGCCGGAAGUAACACGGACGGAGUUCACACCUGCCAGUGCGGAAUUGAUGGAAAUUGCGUCGAUCCUGCGGCGAAAUGCAAUUGCGAUUCUCUAGCGCCACUUCAAUUAGUCGACGACGGUGUCAUUACCGACAAAAAUGUUCUGCCCGUCACUCGUUUGAAUUUUGGACGAACUCAACUGGAAACUUCAUCCGGCGUCCACACACUCGGCCGACUCGUGUGCACCGGUUUAGCGACUUUGACUGGAUUGCCAAAGUCGUGCCAAGAUUUGUGGUUGAUUGGCCACGCCCUGAACGGAUUUUAUUCUGUCAUGGGAUCGGCGAUGAUGGAAUCCGUUUACUGCGAUUUCACUAAACUCCCUGACGAUGCGGGUUUUCAGAAAUGGAUCGGAUACGCCGACGUCAAAUCGGCGCCAGUCCAUUUCUACGUCCAGAAAAAUUCUUCAUUUGACGCAGUUAACACUCCUAUUCCGUUCGAGUUGGCGAUGGUGAACGAGGGGAAUGCCAUGAAUUUGACAUCGGGGAAAUUCACGGCACCGCGACCGGGAAUUUAUUUUUUCUCUUUCACGGGAGUGGGGCGUCUUUUUUCAUCUUCAUCAUACGUUGCGUUUUUUUCUUUUCUUUAUUUGAACGGGAAUCUAAUCGCGUCGAGUUUUGUUCAAGAAAAGAACAGCCCCGUUGAUCAAUGGAGUCCGAUGACCCUCCAGUCGACGCUGAGCUUGAAAAAAGGCGAUCAACUCUGGGUGGAGAUUUUGUAUUCUACUGCACCCUCGUUGUCGUUUUUGAAUGACAACUAUUACUACCACCAGACCCAUUUCACGGGUUUCAUGUUGGAGGAGGAAAUUGGGGCGUCCCUUUGAGGUUCAACAUCCAAAAUCAUCGGCGACACGAACCAGAGAAACAAAAUUAACGUCGACACGAACAUUUGAGGGAGGGAAUUUUAAGGGGAAAGGGAAGAUAAUUCAUUCGAUUCUAAUUCGCUAAGGGGUGGGCAUUUCUUUACGAAAUUUGAAUUGUGGAUGCAACUAGACUUCCUGAAUACACUUACCAAGUUUCAAGUUUC